CUCGCAGGCUCAUUGCUACUUAUACACAAGCACAGUACACAGCAAGCAGCGGCACUUCCUCCCCUACCCCGAUCGAGCUCCCCACGCACACACCACCCUGUCCCUGGCAGCUCAGUUCACAAGCGCAUCGCGUCCUCGAGUGUCAGCCGGAGGUGGUGAGCAGUUCCAGGGUCCAAUCUUGUUGAGCUGGAGUAAGGGGACGAUGGGUACAGAUAACGCGGCAACAUGCCGCACCGUCCUCUGCACCUUGCUACUACUCACGUUGACCUGCGACUGCCUGGCGGCAGACUUGGAUCUGGCUAAGACGGCAGUGCUAGAGGUUAACACGUCAUGGGUAGCCGCCAGAAAGAUCCCUCAGACCCUCUUUGGGUUGUUCUUUGAGGAAAUCAACCACGCUGGAGCUGGAGGAAUUUGGGCGGAGCUUGUCAGUAACAGAGGAUUUGAAGCAGGAGGGAUUAACACUCCUUCAAACAUAGAUCCUUGGUCCAUCAUUGGGGAUGAAUCUUCCAUAUACGUGCAGACUGAAAGAGCAUCUUGUUUCAGUAAAAAUAUCAUUGCUCUAAGGAUGGAGGUUCAUUGCGACGAGUGUCCAGCUGGCAGCGUUGGAAUUUAUAACCCAGGAUUCUGGGGCAUGAAUAUAGAAGAAGGGAAGACCUAUAAUCUAGUCAUGUAUAUCAGAUCAAUGGAACCUGUGGAGUUGACUGCUUCACUCACAUGUUUCGAUGGAUUACAAAAUAUCGCAUCAGCUGAUAUAGUAGAUAAUAAUGUGUCAGAUUGGCGAAAGAUAGAACUCCAAUUAUUUUCUCGAGGAACAUGCAGAACUUCAAGAUUUGAGUUAACAACUUCCAAGAGGGGGGUCAUAUGGAUAGAUCAAGUGUCACUUAUGCCUUCAGAUACAUAUAAGGGCCAUGGCUUUCGCAAGGAACUCAUACACAUACUUAUGGAUUUAAGACCACAGUUCCUACGAUUUCCUGGUGGUUGCUUUGUUGAAGGCGAGUGGUUAAGAAAUGCUUUCAGAUGGAGGGAAACUAUUGGUCCAUGGGAAGAGAGGCCUGGGCACUAUGGAGACGUUUGGAAGUACUGGACAGAUGAUGGGCUUGGGUAUUACGAGUUUCUCCAGCUUGCCGAAGACCUUGGUGCUGAGCCAAUCUGGGUUUUCAAUGCUGGGAUCAGCCACAAUGAUGAAGUUGAUACCACUACACUUGCACCUUUUGUAGAGGAUGUAUUGAACAGUAUUGAAUUCGCUAGAGGAAGUUCAGAAUCAACCUGGGGUUCCAUUAGAGCUGCAAUGGGGCACUCUGAACGAUUCCCGUUGAAGUAUGUUGCAAUUGGGAAUGAAGAUUGUGAAAAACAACUUUACCAGGGAAAUUAUCUCAUGUUUUAUAAUGCAAUUCGAGUGGCCUAUCCAGAUAUUCAAAUUAUUUCAAACUGUGAUGGCUCAUCUAAGCCACUUCACCACCCUGCUGAUUUAUAUGAUUUUCAUGUCUAUAGCAAUGCCACUUUUAUUUUUCUCAUGAAAGAUAAGUUUACCAGGACAUCACGCAAGGGUCCAAAGGUAUUUGUUAGUGAGUAUGCUGUUAACGAUGCAACGGAUGCUGGCAAUGGAAGCCUUCUUGCUUCAUUGGCAGAGGCUGCGUUCCUUAUUGGGUUAGAGAAGAAUAGUGAUAUCGUCCACAUGGCGAGCUAUGCUCCACUCUUCGUAAAUGACAAUGACCGCUCCUGGAACCCAGAUGCAAUAGUCUUCAACUCCUGGCAACAGUAUGGAACUCCUAGUUACUGGAUGCAGACAUUUUUCCGUGAAUCAAGUGGUUCUGUGAUCCAUCCUGUGAGAAUCGCUUCCAGCUACUCUAGUUCAUUGGCAGCAUCUGCAAUCACCUGGAAAGACAAUGAGGAUAUGUUCCUGAGGAUAAAGAUUGUAAACUUUGGUUCGCAUGCUGUAAACCUAACAAUAUCUGCAACUGGACUUCAAGCUGGUGUCGAUACGGCAAGAUCAACUGUGACUGUUCUCACAUCCAGUGAUUUGCUUGAUGAAAACUCGUUCAGUGACCCAAAUAAGGUUGUGCCGGUUCGCAGCGGUCUACCCGGUGCUGCAGAAAAGAUGCAGGCCUUGCUGGUUCCGUACUCGCUCACAUCCUUUGACCUGGCUCUGGAUCAGUACGGCGGGCUGGUAGCUGAGAUGUGAAGCAGUUGUUAUUAUAUGAUAGUUUUACACGAGGUGGAAAUAGGACUAUUUCAUGAGGUAUAUUGAGGCGUGGUGCAUGAAUUGGAGUAUAUGAAGUGCUCUUUCGGGGUUCCUUCAAUAAGUAAAUAAAAUAAAUGCUUUCUGGUAUCUGCCUAUCAGGGCUCAUGUGAUCCUGCUAAUCACAUUUGUGAGCCAUCUAGUUUCAGCGUAGUUUGUUCAGAUUACUUUCUAGACUGUAACUUUAUCUGGUUUUAUGCUUGUCCAGAUUAAGUAUACUAUUUUGGAAAAAUCUCACAUUUGUCAACA